AUGUCUUUCAACGAUUUGGAGAGGGGACAGGGCGUCCCUGACGAGCCGUUGCGUGUGCACACUCUCAGAAACCAUGAAAGCGCGAGCAGUGUAGAAAGCACCGAAUUCAUGCACUUGACAGAGCAAGUGGGCUUGCAUAUCUUCCGUAUCAAUGCCAAUGUGUCGACACUGGAGAAACUGGACCGCCAACUUCGUAAUGCAUCUGAUAUGGGCCAGAAAAAGGCCGACGAAAUGAUGAAGCAGUUUGCCGAGCUAUGUGAGCAGACUCGCAGCAUCGUGAAGGAUGCAUCGGAAGACGUGAAAGCUCUCUCGCUCUUUUCAGUGAAUGGGUCGAAUGGUGGGCGUCGCUCUUCGCCUUCACGUCUUCUGCAGGGAAAGCUCCAAAACGAUUUUCAAGAGGCCCUUUUUGCUUUCCAAAAGAUCCAGAAGGCAGGCAUCCGUAAAGAAAAAGUGGCGUUGGCCCAAGCCAAACGGCGCGGUAGCGGUGCACCAGCAGAGGAGGCCGAGGGACAAGAGCAGACGGAGGGUGCACCCGUCGAACAGCUCCAGACGCAGCUGCCCAAAUCGCGCUUGAGCCAGGAAGAACUAGAGUUCCAGGAAUCGCUCAUUGCUGAGCGUGAAGCAGAGAUUCGCGAAAUCGAGCAAGGUGUACAAGAGCUGAAUGAAAUAUUCCGUGACUUGGGUCAUAUGGUACAGGAGCAAGGCGGUAUGAUCGACAACAUUGAAUACAAUAUUGGCACGAUUGCAUCGAAUGCAGAAGGCGCUGAUCGCGAGUUGCUACAGGCACAUACUUAUCAGCGACGGGCUGGCCGCAGAGCACUUUGUCUAACAAUUAUUAUUGCUUUCGUUGUUGCUAUUGUUCUUCUGGCCCUUUUGGCUUGA